AUGGCGGGCGGUGGCUGCAGACAAGGGGCAGCGUAUGCGUCAAAACAAAGAUCCAACAAAUGCCUCGACUCAUCGUUCACCACCACAGAAUGUUGGGGUCUGAUUAGCAGGGUUUGUGCACGCUCAGCUUGCAGACUUGCAAGGUUUCUCAUUCCGUGAAACUGCCCGUUCUGAAGGUCUCUUCUCUUUGGGCUGAUUGUGGCUCGUGUGCAGCACCAGAGAAGACUGUUCAGAACCACAGACGACAGUCGUAUACAGACCGCUUUCAUCGGCGGCAGCGGGUGAGAGGGAAUGCAUUGCAGGCAGCGAAUGCAUCACCAUGGAUGCAUCAGCCAGCCAGCACAAACAGCCAGGCAUUCAUGAGAUGCAGCAUGACCCCCUCCAUGUGCUUCUGUCGGCCGUGCAUGCGCCUCAUUUAUUGUAUUGUUUGCAGGCUGAGCUGUUGGAGGGGGAGCAGCAGGGUGGUGACCAGGAGCCCGAAGACCAGCACGACGAGGAGGGUCAGCAUGACGAGGAGGGUCAGCACGACCAGGAGGGCGGUCAGCUUGCUGCUGCUGCUGCUGCUGCAAAAGAUUUGGUGAUGGACGGCAUUUGGCUGUCGCGACUGGUGUGGCCCUUAGCGAUGCUGGUCACCCUCUACGACGCCAUCAAGGGUACGUUUGGCUGCGUGCCGAUGCGAUGCCGCCUUGCAUCUCUGUGUGCCGAUGCAUUCAUUCUUGAUGUGUGUGUGUGUGUGGGUGUGUGUGGGUGUCUGUGCGCGUGGGUGUUUCCCUCGCUGCUGCAGACCAGCUGUGGCAACACAUCUGGAGGGACAGGGUCAAGCUCUACGGCGAGGGCCCGGCACACACCAUCCCAGCAGACAAGCAGUGCUGCAUUUGGCUGUGGCGGCCCCACAUCAAGGUGCGCAUCCCCAUGGCAAAGCCUGGCAAUGCCUCCCGCCUCACGCCCGACCGGUGGCUCAAGAUGGUCAUCAUUCUGGAGAAGCUUCACUCCGUCCAGGCCUUGCCGGCCAACGUGCUGACGCACUGGGGCAAGUGGGGCCUCCUCAAGUCGCUGCAUUUCCACAAAGGGAUCAUCACCAUCGAACACAAUCACCUGGUAUGUGCACACGUCUGCACAGCACAGCACAGCACAGCACAGCACAGCAGAGAGAGAGGGAGAGAGGGAAUGUUUGGGCGUGGCUGACCUGACGUGAUGUACAUGCCCUCGGUGUGCUCUGCCUGGCUGUGCGUGUGCGUCUGUCUGCAGGAUAAGUUGUUCAAGAAAUACAGCAAGAGCGAGCUCCUGGCCAUGCCGCUGGCCCUGGUGGAGUACGAGCUGCUCGCGCUGGCCGGCAUGGCCGCGCCGCUGGACUCCAUCGUGUGGAACGCCCCGGCCAAUCCUGGUGCCGAGCCCACCAUCGAUGAGAUCACCUUUGCCGCCCAUGGCCGUCUGCGUCACUGCAGCAUCCGGCUGGCGCCAGGCGCCAACAACCAGCCCGCCAGCCAGCAGAUCGACCCGCGCCUCACCAUCUCGUACCAUCAGCAGCCCAUCCCCCUGCAGCUGUCCAACGCCGCAUUCAUCAACGAGAUCCAUCGGCACAAAAGGCAGCCCAUCUUUAGGUGCUCAGUGCGCCGCACCGAGCAGGGGACGGCGGCAGAUGUGGAGGCGUGCCGGGAGUGGGUGUGUGGGUGGGUGGGGGGAUUGGGUGGCGGGCUGGCGGCCAUUUACCGAUGCGGCAUCCAGGAGCCCAACACCCCGCCGCAGCGGCCGCCCACCCUCUACUUCGUCCUCUGCGUGGACCCCUUCAUCGUGGUGACAUCGACCGACAUUCUGCCGGCCGAUGACGGCUUUGAUGCUGAGGUAUAUACAUAGUGGGAUGGAUUGGAUCCCAUUGGGAUGGGUGCAGUGGAGUGCGGUCAUUCAUUCGUUCGUCGCUGUGUGUGUUUGUGUGUCUUCCCCUUAGGUGCGGAUUGCCGGCGAGGCCGAGUCGCGCUGCCAUGUCAGAUCACUUGCUGACCUGAACCGCGUGUUGGACCACCGCCAGUCGGAGAAGUACGCAGCGUUCGUGCGCCGCCUGCGGGGACUCGCCGAUUUCCCCGGCGUCACCUUCACCGCCACGACAGCCCACAAGUUUCUCAACAUGGACCUACAGUAGAUAGAGGCCGUGACAGACAGACAGACAGACAGACAGACAGAG